AUGGAAGGGGAAUCAACGUCAUUAAAAACAAAUUUAACAGAGUGGAGGUUCAACCAAUAUCCAAAAUAUAUUUUGCUGCCAACAGACGAAAACCACGAGCAAAUUCGAGCGAACGUUAAGAAUGUUAUAUUUUCUGAGGUUAUACCACGUCCACUAGACCGUAACGUCCGUUUAGUUUGCGCAUCUGACGAAGUUCUUAGAAAUAUUUUGGAUAUGGACCCGGGUAUAACUUGUCAAGAAGAGUUUCUAGACUUUAUCACAGGUCGGAAAUUACCUUACGGCGCUUUGCCUGUCGCACAUCGAUAUGGUGGACAUCAGUAUGGAUUAUGGACUGGCCAAUUAGGAGAUGGAAGAGCACAUAUUUUGGGGGAAUAUGUGAACAGAAAAGGUGAACGCUGGCAAUUACAGCUAAAGGGCUCCGGGCAAACUCCUUACGCUCGUAUGCACGAUGGUCGCUCAGUGCUACGCUCGAGUAUUCGUGAAAUGGUGGCCAGUGAGGCAUGUUACCAUUUGGGCAUACCAACAACGAGAGCUGCCGCUUUGGUUGUAAGCGACGACUUCGUAAUACGAGACCAAUUCUACUCUGGGUGUCCACGUCGCGAGCGCGCAGCAAUUUUGCUUCGGUUGUCACCCAGCUGGUUUCGUUUUGGUUCUCUGGAGAUAUUGGCGAAAACUGGAGAAAUAUCUGUUCUAAGAUUACUUGCGGAAUUUGCUAUAAAGGAAUACUUUCCCGAGAUACAUUCCACGGAUGAGAAUCGAUUCAUACGAUUAUUUUCGGAGGUAGCGCAUAAGACCUUGGACCUGGUUGCUAAAUGGCAAGGUUUGGGUUUCGCACAUGGCCUUUUAAAUACAGACAAUAUGAGUCUACUUGGUCUAACACUAGAUUACGGCCCAUUUGGUUUUGUCGACUCUUACGAUGGAGGAUUUGUUCCCAACUGUUGCGAUGGAGAAGGAAGAUACGCCCUCGCUAAACAGCCUGACAUUGUUACAUGGAAUAUUGGUCAGUUGGCAAAUGCAUUAAAGCCUCUCUUGACGUCAUCACAGCAGGUGCAUUUGUCGCAUAUUUUGAAGACUUUAGACUCCUACUGCAAGAAUAAAAUCUUAGAAACGUUUUUAAUGAAAAUCGGUUUGAAAGAAGAGCGAUGGGGUGACGAGCAGCUGGUCGAGAAACUUUUGGACAUGAUGCAACAAACUGGCGCUGACUUCACUUUGACGUUUCGACAACUUUCUGAGCUGGAACCAAGCGAAAUGGUAAGCGAAAUAAAAUUGGCGGAGAAAUGGUCCCUGAAGCGACUAUCCUCGCACGCUUCAUGGGGCUGUUGGCUUGACCAAUAUAGAGAACGAUUGGACAAAGAAGCUGUAGAUGCAGGUUCUUUAGGUACGUUCGAGGAUGAACGUCGCAGGCGCAUGCUAAACGUUAACCCAGUAUACGUGCCGCGUAAUUGGCUGCUGCAUGAAGCUAUACAGGAUGCUGAAAUGAAUGAUUUUGGGAAAGUGAGAUUCCUGUUAGAUGUGAUGCGUAAUCCUUACGCCGUUCAACCAGAGGCUGAAAGACGUGGCUUUUCAGCACAACCUCCGCAGUGGGCUUACGCUUUGAAAAUUAGUUGUUCUAGUUGA